AUGGUUGUACGGCUCAGGAAACAUCCAAACCGUUUUCUGUCGAUCUCAAAGGAUACACCCGAGCUAAUUCGUGUGAAAGCUCAAAGCUCUGUCGCAAAAUUUGGUGGGAUUUUCGGCCCCUCCCCUUCAUGGAGCUCAGAUGCAGUCUGCGUAGAAGUUUCGCUGAUCACACAACAUCACAGUAAGGGAUUACAGGAUAAUGACACGAGUUCUCGUGCGACUACUGAUCGUGCGGAUGGACUGAUAUUGCUAAAGCUGGCCACAGAACGAGAGGAGACCAACGACGGCGAAUUUCGCGAAUCAGAUGGGUUGUGGAUCAACAUGACUUGUUAA